AUGGUGCAGUUACUUUCUACCACGCAAGCUUAUGACGUUGACUUUGCAACCGCUUCAACGGCUUACUUAAAUAGGUAUCCAAAUCCCUACGCCAAACACGUGCUUUCCUCCGACACAAUCGAAACCUACGUGGAUGACCUUGGCAGACUCAGAACUACCAGGUUGGUGGUGAAGACGGGGGCUCUUCCGGACUUUAUAAAGCCAUUUUUGGGAGACAAGCUCAAUUCUUGGAUUCUAGAAAAGUCGAUUAUUGACCCAAAAUCCAAAAAAGUCUGGACUUAUAGUGCCAACGUUGACCACAGGAGAUUUGUCAAGAUUGAAGAAUACGUCAACUACGACACCACCGACGAAAACACCACGUUGCAAGUACAGGUGAGGUUCUCGUCGAAUUUCAUUGGGUUCAAGAAGCGGAUCGAGCAGUGGAGCAGAGACAAGUUCCAUCUGAACUUGGGCAACUCGCGUGAGGGAUUUAUGUAUGUGAUGAAUAAGUUCCAGAGACCGAGAUGGGCAUAUGAGUGA